AUGGUGAUUUGUGAUGGAGACGUGCCCACGGAGCAGACCUCCUCCUCAUCUGAGGACAUAAACACUGAGCCGCAGCAGGAACAAGAGGACGAAUCAGACACGACUUCUGUCCCACAAUCUGAAAUGAACCAUUCUCCCCCAUCAGAGCAGCCUAAGAUUGGAGAGAAACCCAACCAUUGUCGACAGUGUGGGCAAAUAUUCUCAACAGCAGGCGAUCUGCAGCGACACCAGCUCACUCACUCUGGAAAACCCUUCGAAUGCCAACUGUGUGGACGAGGUUUUUCGCAAGCGGAAAAGCUUAGAGAGCACGAGCGCGUUCACAAAGAGGCCAAGCCCCACCAGUGUCAUCAGUGUGGCAAAGUGCUGUCUGACAAAAGAAGCCUCCAGCGACACCAGGUGGUCCACAGCGGAGAGAAACCCUUCGAGUGCAUGCAGUGCGGGAAAAAAUUCACAGAGGCGAAAAGUCACCGCGAACACCAGCGCAUUCACACAGGCGAGAAACUGUACAGCUGUGGACAGUGCGGGAGGAUGUUCACACAUGCGAGAAGCCUCCAGCGACACCAGAUCGUUCACAGCGGAGAAAAACCCUUCGAGUGCACACAGUGCGGGAAAUGUUUUUCGCUUGAACAAAAUCUAAAAGUCCACGAGCGCGUUCACACGGGAGAGAAGCGCUACUGCUGUCAGCAGUGCGGGAAAGGCUUUUCACGACCAGAUGGUCUCAGUCGCCACCAGAUGACAGAUCACAAAGGACAGUAGCAGUGUUGCCAGAUGUGUCUGGUCAAAUCCCGCCCAAAAGUUUGUCAAAAAAACGCCAAAACGCACUAAAUUCUGCCCAAUUUCAACAAAUUGCAUUGAUUUCUAUGGGCACAAAACUGCAGAAAAAAAACACCAAAGGGCCAAUUUUUCCCGUUUCUACCCGCAGACGGACAUCCCAAGUAGCCCAAUUGGGUGGGUAACCGCCCAAUCUGGCAACACAGGACAGUAGCCCCCCAUCAAAGAUGUUUCAUUGUGGUAACCAAGAGAAACUACAAGUCACCAUGGCAACAAAACAGUAGGAUCAAGUCCAGUCUCCUAAAUGGGUGUGACUCAUUGAACUCCAUUCAUUUUCCUAGCCUCCUAAAACGGCAUGGCUGCCAUUGGAUGGUUGCCAGUUUAGUAGAACCUUCACGUCAUCAACUGUCUCUCUCUGAGUCUGCCCCCAUGACUGCAAACAGUAAGGAAAAAGGUUGUUUCUCGGGAAAACAAAAACUAAUUUCCCGAUCCUCCCUCAUCUCUCUCUCCCACUCGGUUCCUGUCAUCUCUCAAACUGUCCUAUCAAAAUAUUGGUAUAACUACUCCAAAAAGUAGUUAUAAAUAAGCAUAAGCAUACAAC